AUUUUCAGCCUUGAUUCUCCUUUGGUCUUUUCCUAUCUCCACUCUCAUUUUGGCCUUUUCCUCUUAAAAAAACCCCACUUUGUAAAAGGACUAAAUAGAUAGAGUUAGAGGGGUACAACUGUGACAUAUUCUUGGACUAUUUAGCAAGAAGUUGUGUCACUACUCACUACAAUAGUUUUGUGCAGCGCUUUGGUCAUCAUUCCAAACUCUAACUCCUAUUCUUCUCAUUUAGUUUUCUUGGUUUUUAGACAUACAAAAAAAAAAUCAGAAAAAAAUGGAUUAUGGAAUGUUAGCAGCUGAUUCAGAAUGUAGUAGUGGAUGUGAGUCUGGUUGGACUUUGUAUUUAGAAAAUUCUUUUCUAACUCAUGCUUCUUGUAAAGGCAAAAAGUUUGAAACUGAAAAGAGUUUAAAGCAAAAACAAGAAGAAGAGGAAGAAGAAGAAGAGGAAGAGGAUUUGUCAAUGGUUUCUGAUGCAUCUUCAGGACCUCCACAUUUUCAUCAAGAAGAAGAAGAAUAUGGACAUAAUAUUAAUGGUUGCCAUUAUUAUGCACCCAUUAAUCCUACAUUUCCUAAAAACAAUUCCAAAAGACAGAAAGCUAAAGAAAAACAACAACUUUCUCUACUGGAUGAUACAGCUAGCUCACCUUUCUUCGACUUCUCCAAUAACAAUUUCACUAUGACCAAGAACACAAAGUCAGUGGAAAAUGUGUUGGAUUUUUCACAAGGUUACUCUACUACACACUUUCAGGGGAGAUCUGCAUACCAGGAACACUAUGGUUAUUUCCAGUCAUCUCUGUUACCUGAAAAUAAAUUGCAAGAAAACCAAUGGUUUGAAGAGAAGAGGUGGGGAUAAAAGCCAUCCAUCAGUUAUAACUUUUAAACAUGCUGAUGGUGUCUGUUGCUAAUUAAGUGAAUGUUUAGAGAGUGAGAAGAAGUUAAAAUUGUCCAAGCAAAAGGAAUUGGAUCUCUAAAGGGAUUCUUGUUCCUUAUCUUUUUUUUAGUUCUUUUCUGUUUUUUUCUUUUAGCUGUCAAUGCAUUGGGAAACAACUUAGAAAAGAAAAAGUGGGGAAUCAUUUCCUCUCUCUCAGAGAAUUAUCUUGUUGUCAAUGAAUAGUGCCUGCAUUUAGUUUA